AUGGAAUACGUAAUGAUAAAUGGUUACAAUAUGAUAUUUCGAGAUUACCGAAAAGUCAAGCUGAGUGAGAUGAGCCACGUUAUAUGUUCAAAAUCAAUGGAACAUGUAGAGCCGAGUGUAGAUGCUGAUGACAAUAAUCAACUAAUAGUUUUAUUUACAGAUAUCAUUACAAUAUUUUAUCAACAGCCACAAACAGGAAAAUGGAAAUUUGGAACAUUAAGCCGUGAAGCGAGAGAAGGAAGACAAUCGGCCACAAUUGCAUAA